CCCGAACUUCACCUCAUCCAUCCCCAUCUCAAGCCCAUCGUCAUCGGAGGAGUCGGCCGAGUCAAUCACAUCGUCGCUCGUCUCCUUCCCGCUUUUCAUCACUCCCCCGCCGAGUCCGACUCCCCUGUUGUCUAGAGUCGGGCCGCGCGGUUCUGACGAGCUCGGUCGGGAGUCACGGAUCUUCAGGGCCAGCAGGAGCAGUAACGUUAUCGGGGCGAACGAGGCAAAAGGGUUCGGAAUGGUCGCGGAAUUGGGAGGCUUGUCCGGAUCGGGCGCCGCAGCAGUCGGCGGAGAUGCUUCUGACGAGCGGACGCCCCUUCUACGGUCGUCGGGGGAUUUAGGCCGGGAUGGGAUCGGCGGUGCCGUUGCCGGUGCUAGUGGAGAACCGGUGGAUAUCACGGUCGGGACCGGCGAUGUCGGCGAUGAGGAGAGGACUGUCGGAGCCGGGGGUGGGGGCACUUUCACGCGCAGCCUUGGCGCGGUCGAAGCCUUCGCCAUCGUUAUCAGCAUCGUCAUCGGCAGCGGAGUCUUCACGUCGCCCGGGUCGAUCGACACCAAUGUGCCGUCACCGGCCGCGGCGCUGAUGGUUUGGUUCGUGGGCGGGGUAUUGGCGUGGACAGGGGCGAGCACCAUGGCCGAGCUGGGCACCGCAAUUCCGGGUGAAGGAGGUGUUCAACCGUACCUCAAGUAUAUCUUUGGGGAUAUAUUCGGCUUCUUGGCGGCAUGGACCUGGGUCGUCGCAGUCAUGCCGGCGACGCUCGCGAUUCUGAGCAUCGUUUUCAUUGAGAGCAUCUACUCGGCCGCGGGCGUGAUGGGCGAAGGCGGUAGGGUUGAGCACAAGUUACUCUCGAUCGUCGUGUUGGUCUUGAUCGGCCUAGCCAACUCGAUCAGCACCAAGGCAAGCACACGGCUCAACAACUUCUUCGUUGCCACCAAGUUCGUCACGAUCGCCGCGAUUGUCUUGGCUGGAGUCGUCGUGGUCAUCCUCCAGGUCGCGAGUCCGAACAGCGACGUCGGUGGCGGAGAUUGGCAUAAGAAGCCUUGGUUCGCGUACAGGGACAGCCUCAACCCCGAUGGCAGCGUCACGCAUUGGUCUGAGCUAGGUCCAUGGGAGCUGUUUGGGCAUCUAUCCGCUGCGCUGUACGCUGCCUUGUGGGCGUAUUCUGGAUGGGACAAGGCCAUUUACAUCUCGGCAGAGCUUUCUGCUCCCGCGCGCCAACUUCCCCUUGCGAUCAACACUUCGAUCCCAAGCAUCAUAUUGUGCUUCCUGACGGCAAAUGCAGCGUACUACAUUCUCCUGCCCUGGGAUGUCGUGUCGGUGACGGACAGUGUUGCGGUAACGGCUAUCACCCGCCUUCUCGGCCGCGGCUUUGGCAUUGUGGCCGCCAUACUCAUCUGUCUCGUGGUUGCCGGCUCUCUCCUCGGCAACUCCUUCGUUGCCGGCCGCAUGGCUGUUGCCGCGGCGAAUCAGAACUGGCUCCCCCGUAUGCUCAGCGUCGUCGGCAAAGUUGGUACCGAACCAGAGCGCUCACAGGACGACCCCCAGAAGGCGCCAGAUUCGGAUGCCCCGAUCAACGCCAUCAUUCUCUCUACCGUCCUCUCCGCAGCAUACAUCCUGCUCGGCAACUUCCGCGCACUCCUCACGUUCAACGGUCUGGGAGAGUACACCUUCUUCUUCCUGACCGUCCUCGGCGCGAUAAUCCUACGGUACCGUGAGCCAGAUUUGGAGAGGCCGUACAAGACCUUCAUUCUGGUCCCCGUUGUCUUUGCGCUGGUGAGCGGAUUUGUCGUCGUCCGUGGAGCCGCUUUCGCGCCGACGCAGGCGGUUGUCCUGGUAGGGCUUUGGGCGCUGGGGUUGGGAGCCUACUGGGCUCAGAAACGUCGUCUUCGGGGGGUUGCCAUCUGAUUACUCUCCUUUCAUCUAUGCUAACGAGCGGCCCAGUACCGGAUGGGUGCGACACAGGUCUUUAUGUUAUGGGCACAAGGUCAAGAGGGAGGUACUAUGGGAUGUGGCACACUUGGGAUUGGCUUGAUUAAGGCAUCUUGCUGAUAGACUACCUGGCAUAUUCAAGCCCGCAGAGGUCCAUUCUCUCCGGUCCCAACAAAGACGGAUCGGACUCAUACUAGCAUAGCAACCCGGUAUGGCGCCUGGCGGAAGCUCAGCCAUUCCAUAAGGCCCGCUUUGAUCUG